AUGAGCGAUCGUGACAAAGGAUUGCUUUUAGGGAUGAAUGUUCUCGGGGAAGGAAUAGUUAGACUGUAUUGUCUUGAACACCUCCGGCAGAACUUUCUACGUCGACACGGGCAAACAAAUGAAAUGUAUUUCUGGAAAACCGUAAAUGCAGUAUCAGAAGCAGACUAUUUCACAGCAAUAAACCAUAUACAACAAGAGCAAGGGUCUGCUGCACAGUAUUUACUAAGUAUCGACAGAAAAAUUUGGGUUACCGCAUUCAUACCUGGUGGAGCAGCGAGAAAAUUUGGUCAGAAAACAUCAAAUGCGGUUGAAGUAAUGAAUUCCGUCUUUAGAAAAGCAAGAGAACUACCAGUACUCGAGCUUCUUCAAGAAAUUUGGCACCACUUGAUGGAGUCAAGGUUUGCCAAACUCGAAGCAUCAAGAAAAGUCGCAGCUGGACAAAUCUUUACCCCAUACUGUGAAAAGAUUCUUAUGCAGGAACGUCAAACUGCAAGGCAGUUUUUAGUCCGUAGGGGUGGCGAUCAGAAUGCUCUUAUCAUGAAACCUGGACCGGAGAAUCUGGUAUGGGCUGUUAACUUGGGUACCUGCACCUGUUCAUGCCGAGAAUUUCAGAACCAUGAUAUUCCUUGUCAACACGCAAUUGCAUUUAUCUACACUCUUGGACACCGUCUAGAUGCAUACAUCUCAGUAGCAUUUCUUGUCGACAAUUGGAAAAGAAUCUAUUCAGAAAAUCUUCGCCCCAUCACUUUCCUAACAACCACAGCGGAAACUCAAGCCCAAGGGUUGAAUAACCAACCGGAAAAUCUCGGCGCUGCACUCAGCGCUCCACUCGGCGUUGGUAUCGGCGGUGCACCAGCUAUGGAAGAGCGGGAGCCUGUACUGGCUGCCGGAAUGACUGUUAUAGCCCCAACUGGACGGGCCACUAUAGGAAAGAGAAAGAAGGCCAGAGGAGUUGUUGGCCAGAGGAGCCGGGCUACUGGGCAAACUCAACAGCAGUGCUCUAGCUGUGGGGAGAGUGGGCAUAAUGCCAGGAGUUGUAGGAUCCGCACUUUUAAGUAA